CUGAGGAGGACUAGCCCUGAGCUAACAUCUGACGCCCAUCCUCCCCUUUUCUUCUUGAGGAAGAUUGGCCCUGGACUAACAUCGUGCCCAUCUUCCUCCACUUUAUAUGGGACGUCACCACAGCAUGGCUUAACAAGCGGUGCGUCGGUCCUUGCCUGGGAUCCGAACCUGCAAACCCCUGGCCGCCGAAGCAGAGCCCGCACACUUAACUGCUGUGCCACGGGGCUGGCCCCCUGUGGAAUCUGAUAAUAUCUCUGGGUAGAUGGUAUCAGAAUUGAGUUGAACUGUAGGACACCAUGCUGGUGUUGGAGCAUCGCUUAUUGAUGUGGGGACCCCCCCCCCGACACACACACAUUGGAAUUGGUCUCAGAACACCACUGACCAGCUUUGGGCCUGUUGUAAGCUGUGAGUGGUUUGGGAAGGAUCAGGUGCGGCCAGGGCCCCCAUAAGGAUGACGGCAGCGUGGGGGUCUGGUGGGAUGAGCCCUGGACCACGUCACCAGGCCUGGGUCCUCCUGGCUUGGCCACCAACCCUCUGAGUCCACCCCUGCCCAUGGCAGGGGGUUGGUGGGGAGGAUGAAGGAGCUGAUUGAGCGUUGAGAUUCCCUCUAGUCUGAGACUGUCUGAGAUAAAGAUGCAGUAUGAGCAUGAGAGGAGUGCAGAGAGAGACCACAGAGAAGGCGCAUCAGAAUGGGCCCCGUGGUUGGGAGGCGAAAGCUGAUUAGGCUUUGGGGAAGAGGAGAGAAGAGGUGGAGGGACGAGGGCGUAGAAGCUGGGUGAAUGCCUCUGGCCUCGCCUGGGCCUGACGCAGUGGGUGGCUUGGUAAAUCCUGGCUGCCUUCCAUACUGACAGAGCCAGGAAAAGGCAAUGGGACUACCACGACUCCAGUGGGAGUGAAUCCCAUUCCCUUUCCCGAGAGCAGCUCUUGGGAGGGGACAUGAAACCUGGAUGAUGGGGCACUUGGCGGGGUGAGGGGCACACACCUGGCUCCUGUGGAUGGUUGUGCCCAUGUUCUCCCAUUGCCAGAGUUUUGCCAAGUCCUGUUCGUGUGGACAUGUGGUGAGUUAGAAGGAAAAGCAGCCUGCCUGGGGAGGUCCCCACCAUGGAAAGGGAGGAGGGGCAUCUCCCCUACCCACCGUUCUAGCUAGAAGACCACCUGCCUGGGAAACGUUAAGGGCCAGGGAGGGGCUGUUCCUCGCUCCUCAUCCUGCAUCCCUUUUUCUCCCCGUAGUGCUUCCUCUGGAGAGGCAGCUCCAUGAGGCUGCCCGCCGGAACAACGUCGGGAGGAUGAAGGAGCUGAUCGGGAGGAGAGUCAAUGUCAGGGCCAGAAACCACGAAGGCAGGGUGGCCCUGCACUGGGCCGCGGGCGCAGGGCACGAGCAAGCUGUGCGGCUGCUGCUGGAACAUGGAGCUGCUGUCAACGAUGAGGAUGUGUUUGGGAUGAAUGCGCUUCUCCUGUCUGCAUGGUUUGGCCACUUACGGAUCCUCCAGAUCCUGGUCAACUCUGGGGCCAAGAUCCACUGUGAGAACAAGGACGGUCUGACCUUGCUGCACUGCGCAGCCCAAAAAGGGCACGUGCUCGUGCUAGCAUUCAUAAUGGAGGACCUGGAGGACGUGGCCCUGGACCACGCUGACAAGCUAGGAAGGACGGCGUUUCACCGGGCUGCUGACCAUGGGCAGCUGGAUGCUCUGGACUUCCUUGUGGGCUCUGGCUGUGACCACGGUGUCAAAGACAAGGAGGGGAACACAGCCCUUCACCUGGCUGCCGGCCGGGGACACCUGGCUGUGUUGCAGCGACUCGUGGACAUCAGGCUGGACCUGGAGGAGCAGAAUGUGGAAGGUCUGACUGCCCUGCACGCGGCUGUUGAAGGGAUCCACCCCGACUGUGUGCAGCUCCUCCUCAGGGCUGGGAGCAGCGUGAACGCCCUCACCCAGAAAAAGCAGAGCUGCCUCCACUAUGCAGCCCUUGGUGGCUCCGAGGACGUCGCCCAGGCUCUCAUCCACGCAGGAGGCUGCACCAACGUGGCUGAUCAUCAGGGCGCCUCUCCUAUGCACCUCGCUGUGAGACACAAUUUCCCUGGCCUGGUGCAGCUUCUCAUUGAUGCCGGCAGUGACCUGGAUGCCACCGACAAUAGGCAGCAGACACCCCUCCACCUUGCCGCUGAGCACGCCUGGCAGGACAUAGCAGAAAUGCUCCUCAUCGCUGGGGUCAACUUACACCUGAGAGAUAAGCAAGGAAAAACCGCCCUGGCAGUGGCCGCCCGCAGCAACCACAUCAGCCUGGUGGACAUGAUCAUAAAAGCUGAUCGUUUCUACAGAUGGGAGAAGGACCACCUCUCAUGCAGGGACCCCAGUGACCCCUCUGGGAAGAGCUUGACCUUUAAGCAGGACCAUCGGCAGGAAACACAGCAGCUCCGCUCGGUGCUGUGGCGACUGGCCUCCAGGUACCUGCGGCCCCAUGAGUGGAAGAAGCUCGCAUAUUGCUGGGAGUUCACCGAGGCCCACAUCCAUGCCAUCGAGCAACAGUGGACAGGCACCAAGAGCUACCGGGAGCACGGCCACCGGAUGCUGCUCAUCUGGCUGCAUGGCAUGACCACGGCCAGCGAGAACCCCAGCAAAGUGCUGUUCGAGGGCCUCGUGGCCAUUGGCAGGAGGGACCUAGCUGAAAGCAUCAGGAAGAAAGCAAAUGCAGACCCCAGUGCCCCCAGGAGGUGUACAGCCAUGUAACUGGAGGGGCCAGACCUUCAGGCGCAUGGGACCUCAGAAUGGACAGAAUGGCCAGACCUCAGACUGAACAAAAGAGGACCACCAUUUAAGGGCUUUUUAAAAAUCAUCGUUAACAGACCUCCAGCUGCUUCUACUGAAACGCAGUCAUGCAGGACCAGCAGGCAAAUGUUUGUCAUCUUUUUCACAAGGAUUGCUCCAGGGGCCUGUGUCAGGUUUUGCUGGUAAUCCCUACCCAGAGGUAUGGUCUUUUGCAGCUCUCAGAUCAUUUUCAUCUCCAUUAUCUCCUCGGAGCCUCACGGUAGUCCCCUGAGAUGCAAGGGGCAUCUUUUCAGAGAGGACACGGGGGCUCUGGAUGGAUAAGCAGCUAAUCAGGUGGUGGGUCAGGUGCCAAACUCAGCAUUCCUGUCUCCCCAACCUGGGGAAAGGGCUCCAUCCAUCAUUUACAGAAUGGACCGCCCUUAACUCAUUCACUGGCUUUUACGAAUACUGCGCUUACUCCGCAGCUGUUUCUGUUCACAAGCUUAGCUGUACGCUUGGACAGUUCCAGGAGGCGCACACUCUCAUUUUUCCCUCUUGUUUUAUAAUUUUUUAAAGUUUUAAAACUUUUUAUUUUGAAAUUAUUUCAGACUUACCAAAAAGUUGCAGAAAUAUACGAAGAAUUUCCGAAUACUUUUCACAAUACAGCUUCCCCCAGUAUUAACAUCUUACUUAACCACAACAUAAUUUUCAAAACCAGAAAAUUAACACGGAUGCAAUACUAACUCAUCUUCAGACCUUAUUCAAAUUUUGUCACUUGAGCCAUUCCUGUCCUUUGUCUGGACCAGGAUCCAGUCCAGGAUCACACCUUGCAUUAAGUUGUCAUCCUUCUCAUUUUUAAUAGAACCAUACAACGAGUCAUCUCUCUGGAGCAGCACUAUCCAGUAGAACUUUUUGUGGUGAUGGGAAUGUUCCAGAUCUGUGCUUUCCAAUAUGUUUGCCACUAGCCACCUGUGGCUAUUGAGCACGGGGAAUGUGGCUAGUGGGACUGAGAACCUGAGCUUUUAAUUUAAUUUAAUUUAAAUCAUUUGACAUUUACAUAGGCACCUGUGGCAAGUGGCAACUGUGUUGGACGGCACAGCUGGUCUGGAGCUUCGAUUUUGGGUGCCGGCAAGUACAGGUUGUUGGGAGGCUCGGCCACACCAGCAGGAGAGUGUGGUUCCAGGGAAGCGUGACUCUGGAAGCCUGAUGGUUUCACAGAAGGUGGAGAAUAUCCACGCAGGGUGGCCUGGAAGUUCUGCCUGAGAGCUGUUUUUAUCUAAUUUGAGCUCUCUUGCAUGUGGCACAGCUGGCUGUGGCCAGUUUAGGAGCCCGUAUCUUAGAAAAACUCCCCACCAAGUUACCCACUGGGCCUGAGUCCUGGAAGGAGAUAGAAUAAAAACUGCUAGAGCUGAAAGGGGCUUCAGCUCCCACACAUGGCUGGUGGGAGUUCACAAUCCUUUGGAAGGCAAUUUGGCGUCAUCUACCAAAAUUACAAAUACAUUUACCCUUUGACCACAGAAAUCCCAUGUCUAGGAAUUUAUCCUACAGAUAAACCUGCAAACAUUGUACUAACACUAAAUCAAGAUAAAACAGGGGAAACUGCUGGGGAGAGGGGUGUAUGGGAACUCUGUCGUAUCUGCUCAGUUUUUUUAAACUCCUUUUAAAAAUAAAGUCUAUUAAUUAAAAAAACAACACACAAAAACUAAAACUUAGGGGAAAAAAAAGAGGCUUUGAAAUCAACCCAUUUUACGGGCAAUAACCUGAUGAUCUGAGAAGCGUGUCUUGCCUGAGGCCUCACAGUUCGCAUUGGGUUCAGACCGCCGUUCGGCACUCGGCCUCCGUGCCAUGGGGUCCCUUCCUCUGCAUGUGCUGUGUUGGGGGGAACCCUCCUUUUCCAUCUAUUCCAUUUGAGAAAGGUAUUUUGUACCACAUGGGACUUCGAUCAUUUAUCUGGAUGAAUUUUGCAAAGUGAAUUUUGUAUUUUUUUUGAAACAAAAAAGCAAGUUCUUAAGUGAAAUAAAAUUGAAAUGUUGAAAUAUA